CGCUGUAGCCUAAAAUGUGUGACGUCACCCUACAUUUCCCAUCAGGCCUGUCAAGGAUGUUGCCUAGGCGUCGUAUAUAUAGGUGCUACUAAAAUUGUUGGUAACUGGGCUUUUGGCAACGGUUUCUAGCUGUUGUGGAUAACCUCAACUGAUAAAAUCAAACCACAUUUGAUUAAAUCAUGGCUGACGCUUUCAAGCGCCUUCUAGGUGAGAAACUACAGGGCCAAGGAGCGGAUGAGGUCUCGACAGAGAGUAUCUGUGGUGAAGGGAAGGUUGUUGGCUUGUACUUCUCAGCUCACUGGUGUCCGCCUUGCCGCGGUUUUACGCCCAAGUUAGCAGAGUUCUACAAGAAACAUCACUUAGAGAAAAAGUUCGAAAUUGUUUUUGUGAGUUCUGAUAAGAAUGAGUCUGAGUGGAAGUCAUAUUUCAAUGAAAUGCCCUGGAUUGCUUUGCCUUUCGCUGAUCGUGAUCGAAAGGAGAAACUUUCAAAAAAAUUUAAAGUUGAUGGAAUACCAACACUGGUCAUACUGGAUGGAAAGGAUGGAAAAGUUAUAGUAGCCAAUGGGCGAACAAAGGUUGCAGAAGAUCAGCAAGCCAAAGACUUUCCGUGGAGGCCUAAAGGACUGGCUGAUGUGAUGAAAGAUGUAAAAUUGGUUAACCAUGAGAAAGAGGAGAAGUCAUUUGCUGAUUUAACUGGGAAAGUCCUUGGGUUGUACUUCUCGGCACAUUGGUGCCCUCCUUGCCGAGCCUUUACACCACAAUUGAUUGAGACGUACAAAAAGGUUAAGGAGAAGGGAAACGCCUUUGAAAUCAUUUUUGUGAGUUCAGAUCGCAGUGAGGAAGGGUAUAGUGAUUAUUUUAAAGAGAUGCCCUGGCUCUCUACUGGGUUCCAGGAAGGUAUCAAAAAAGACCUGACCCAGAUGUAUGGAGUGCAAGGCAUUCCAACUUUAAUUCUUUUUGAUGAGAAGCACAAGAUCAUCUCUUCAAACGGUCGUCAUGUAGUUUCAGCUGACCCGGAAGGAGAGCAAUUUCCUUGGAAACUGAAGCCUUUAAAUGUGAUCAAUCAACUAACAGUCAGUACUGUGAAUGAUGAGAAAUGUCUGAUAUAUUUCACAGAUGGUAAAGAAGCCUCUAUUCAGGGUGCUAAAGAUAUCAUUCAACCAGUGGCUGAGCAUUACUUCAAAGUGGCAGAGGAAGCAGAUGACGACCCUCCUUUGUUCUUCUUUUACACAAAAAGAGAUGACACCUCCAACAGUUUGCGUGAUUUUAUAGGUCUUAAUGAGGAGGAUGAUGGUACAUCUGCGGGUAUUCUAGUGAUACUAGAUAUUCCAUCGCAAAUGGUCUAUGAGUGUCAAGAAGAGGUGCUGACUAAAGAGGUUGUAGAGGCAUUUGUAAAUGAUUUUGUCAAUGACAAACUAGUUGGCGAAAGGCUACCUUUAAGGUGAUGAGAUACCAAUGAUUUCUGGGUAUUUGAGUUUCCACAUGACUAUAAGAAAAAUUUUGUUUUGUUUUAAUGAUGCAAAUGUAAGAAACGUUUAAUCAGUGACACCUAAGCAUUUUUUUUUAGCUUAAUUACGUGAACAUGACUUUGGUUUUCAGUGUACACUGUAUGUAUGCGGCCUUCCUCACGUUUUCACUUUUUUUUUUCUUUUUAAGGUAUUUUUUUUCUUUUUGUUUUUGGUUAGUAGUAGCAAUUUAGUACAAUUAUUUUGGAAGGGACAGACUAAAAUUUCAUUUGAACAUGACUGAUGUGCACAUGUUCCUAAGCAAAUUUGUAUUCUUGUCAUUUUUUAAUCCCCAUAUACAAUGAGCGUUUUACUUGUUACUGUAUCAAUAUUUUGUACUGUAAAAGGGGCUAAGGGGUGUGAUCUUGCUUCAAAUACAAGGAACUUAUUGUUGUCUCCAGAAAGUGCUCAGAGGCUAGCUGAGAGAAUUUGCAUAAGAUCUUGGAUUACAAAUUAGAUGCAAAGCAAACAAAAUAAUACUUAUGUGUUUCAAGUAUGAGAGCAUUUUAAUGAUGGAAGGGUGAAGCAAGUAAACAGUUUUUGAUGUAGUUAUUUAGUUGUAGUUCUGUAAAAUGUUAAGACAAACUGUACAGUGGAUCAUGUAACUUUUAGGCAAUAACUUAAUUUAUUAACUGUGCAUGCAUCACUAUUUGUAAAAGCUGGGUGUUAGCAAGCAUAAAAGCUGAAUAACAGUGGUUAAAUGGUACAUUCCCAUCAAUUUACAUGCCAUUAAUUUUAUUUUGAAACGGUGCAUGAAUUUACUGUAAGUGGCUGUGUAUGCCAUAUAAAAUAAUUAUGCUUUUCAUUAUCUUCAAGCAAAAACUGUUUUUAGUCAUAACGUAUUUUAUCAGUAAAAGGUACAGUGCAGAUGGUCAUAAUCUUUUCCCCCACCUCAAAAUAUGGUAGACCUCUAAAAGCAACAAUCGAGUAGGGCUGUUAUGUUUAAGGUCUAAAAUCACGCUUAAACACCUGUUGAAGCAGUGGUUUAACUAAGUGAAUUGCAACUGUUUUGAGAAGUUGUGUUAGUGCAAAAUAUAGCCAGGUAGUUAGCCCUAAUCCAGGAUUGAAAUUUCAACUUGAUUUGGAUUUGACCAGGUGUAACUCUUUAUGAUUCCUUAUCUUACUCUGGAAGAUGCUGAGGACACUCCAAGCAAAAAUGGCAAAACAAUCUAAGUGCUACAAGACUUAACCCUUUAACUCCCAAGAUCUGUUUAUUUAUUUUCUGCUCUAGCUGCUUUACGUUCCCUUUUACGUCAGUUACAAGAAUUUGGUGUUAGAUUGAGAUAACUUCUACCAGUUAAGUUUGUGUAUUCUCAUUACCCAUUUGCAAGAUAACAUUUGGAUAUUGUAGAGAGGAGUUAUUUGUUAAUCACUUCUGGGAGUCAAAGGGUAAAUAAAAAAAGUCUGGUAGCCUUUGGUAAGAAUCCCGACUCUGAUUUUAAAGGGUGUUCAUGCAAGUCAGACAAUUCAACUCAUUAUGUUGUAGUAUUUAAGGUACUUCUAUAGUCAGAUCACACCAGAUGUAUAUAUAUUAAGCUCAUUAGAAUUGUCAUGUUUAGUAUUCAACCUACUACUACAUUGUACCUUAUUAUAGUGUGUAGGGAAAUAUCUGUACAACUCUCUCGGAGGGUUUUUUGUAGUGUGCUAGCCCUCAGGGCAUAUCCUCUGUGAAAAAAGUGUGUAGUAAUAAUAAUUUAGUGCAUGUUUAUGUAAUUAUAAACGCCUUGAAGAUUUCCUGGGUCUAGGGCAAAAUCCUGGGGGUACUCCCUGGAGCUCUUUGUUGGGGUGUGUCGGUGGGUUCUCUAAAUCCUGAUCUUAUAUAAGACUAAAUACCGCUGUAACCCCCUAGAGGUUCAUACCCAAUUUUAACCGUACAAGUCAAUCAUGCAAUCGUACUCUUUGGGGUGGCACACAACCAAGAAAUGUACACAGAGGAGUGCCCCCUCCCCUUAGCAGGGAAGACACAAGGUUGUUAGUUUGUUACCCUCACUAAGUAGGUAGAACGAAGUAAGUAAUUUUAAAUGAACUACAUUAAGUUACUUAUUUUAUCCCAUGACAAUGCAAGCGUGUGUGGAAAUAAUCGUAACCUUGUUCAACAAUAAAAGUGUGUUGAAGUAA